AUGGUGGGGCGGCCCUUGGGGUUGCGGCUGAGGCACUGGGCGGCGAGGGCGGCGGCGCUCUGGGCCCCACUGGGGGAGUACUGGCCCUCCAGCGUGGGGUCCAUUAUCCGGCCCAACCGCUUCGUGUUGGUCAACCACGGCUGGGCCCACUCCACCAGAUUCUGCUCCCGCCCGUUCCGGCUCCGGUCAACGGACCGCCGCCCAGACAGCAGCUCCAGCAGCACCACCCCGAAACUGUACACGUCGCUCUUCGCCGUCAGAUGA